AUGUCGAAAUCGAACACCCCUAUUAUAAACUUCAUCAAUUUCAAUCAAACUGGAACUUGCAUUUCAGUAGGAACGUCCGAAGGAUUAAAAAUAUUGAAUUGUGAUCCUUUUGGAAGAUUUUAUUCAGAUGAAGACGGAGGUUGCGGUAUCGUUGAAAUGCUAUUUUCAACGUCAUUGGUAGCGGUAGUGGGCAUUGGUGAUAACCCUGCUAUGUCACCGAGGAGAUUGAGGAUAAUUAAUACAAAAAGACACUCGGUUAUAUGUGAAGUAACCUUUCCAACGACUAUUUUAGCUGUGAAGAUGAACAAAUCAAGGUUAGUUGUGCUGUUACACGAGCAAAUAUACAUAUAUGAUAUUAGCAGCAUGCGCUUACUCUACACAAUUGAGACCUCUUUGAACCCGCAUGGCUUAAUUUCCCUUUCAGCAUCACUUGAGAAUAACUAUUUAGCCUAUCCAUCCCCUCCAAAAAUUAUCAGUUCAGAGAUCAAGGAAAACGCUACCACAAAUAACAUAAAUGUUACGAAGAAGGCAUCAUAUUCAGAAUCUUUAACUGACCAGCUUGAUACCAUAUCUGAAUCUUCUGGUGAAAAUCUUAAAGAUUACCAUAUUGGUGGCUCGGAUGAUGCCUCAGCUGCAGUAUCGAGCCAUGGGCAUGCUGGUAGUGGCAGUAACAAUACUGGAACGAGCAGCAGCCACAUAAUAAAAAAUGGCGACGUGAUACUAUUUAACCUUCAAACAUUACAACCCACUAUGGUUAUAGAGGCGCAUAAAGGUGAAAUAGCUGCCUUGGCAUUGAGCAAGGAUGGGAGCUUGUUGGCUACUGCAUCAGAAAAGGGUACUAUUAUUAGGGUGUUUGCUGUAGAAACUUGCCAAAAAGUCUACCAGUUUAGAAGGGGCACAUAUCCCACAAGAAUCAACUCUUUAAGUUUUAGUGAGGAUAAUGAGUUCCUUGCUGCAAGCUCUUCUAACAAGACCGUUCAUAUUUUUAAACUAGGCAAGCCCUCCCCAGUCGGUUCACACGUGGCGGUAAAUAGUGAUGAGGAACAGAUAGGGGAUGAUGAGGGUGAAGAAGAAGACGAAGAAGAAGCAGAGCUUGACUACGAUGAAGAGGAUGUUGAGGAAGGGGGGAAGGCUCGAGUAGAUAGCGGUUAUAAUCGUUACACAACGUCUAAUGUCGACUCCGUUGAAAGCGACUCACAGGUGCCAAGAGAACCAAUUGUUGACUCUAGCCGAAAAACUGUGGGAAGAAUGAUACGGAAGUCAUCGCAAACUCUAUCAAGAAAGGCAGCCAAAGCAUUGGGUAACUACUUCCCUAUUAAAGUGACAUCAAUAUUGGAACCAAGUAGGCAUUUCGCAAGUUUGAAAAUUCCAAUUGAGAAUGCAAACAACAUCAAAACUAUAUGUGCAAUUGGUUCAGCAAUAAACUUAGAUAUCUCUGAAUAUCCAGAAUUGUUCGAGGGGCGGUCGUCUAUGUUCUCGAGCAGCAUUUCUACUGGAGAAUUCUCUGCAUAUUCGAAUUCUUCAUCUUCGGUUCACCCGAAUUUUGUGAAGAUGAUACCGAUAAAGGUCGUUUCAAGUGAAGGAUAUAUGUACAUUUAUGUAUUAGAUCCGGAGAGAGGUGGCGACUGUCUUUUAUUAAGCCAGUAUUCCUUGCUAAUGGAUUAA